AUGGCGACUUCUGUCGAGAUCGCAGCCGUCCCCACCUUGGACACUCCCGGCACGUGCCUCUUCGUUCACAAUGAGAAGCGCGCCUACGUCUUCGGCCGACCCUCCGAGGGUACCCAGCGCGCCUUCAACAGUCGGAGACUUGGCAUGGGAAGCACAGAGCAUGUCUUUCUCAGCGGCAGUGUGUCUUGGGACCAGGUCGGAGGUCUCUUUGGCUAUAUCCUCACAGUUGGCGGAACACUCGAGGCAAGCAGGGAACAGACAGCCAUUCUAAACGAGGAGAGGCAGAAAAAGGGAAAGAAGACGGUCAAGCCAGGAGUUUUCGAGGCCAUUGGUAUACACGGUGGUGAGAAUUUGUGCCACAGCUUGGCCGCCUGCCGACCUGUGAUUCUACGACAGCCCGUCUCUGUGGUCACAUACGAACACAGGACUGAUCGUAGGGCCAAGACUAUCGAGGACCUUGAACCCGACUGGCAGGACGAUGCAAUCCGGGUGUGGAAUAUCCCUGUUCAAAGAGAGCGCUCCAGUAGCCCGCAAAAGCGCCGUCGAUCGAGUUCCAUCGUUGGAGAUUUAAGCCCCUCCUCACCACAGUUUAAGGGAUUGGCAAAGCUCUCCGACCCUGAAUAUGCUGCUACUCUUGUCGAGAAGACCAUGUUCAAUGGCCACCUCAAAGGCAAUGGCCUCUUGGUUCCUACGCAGUUAAGCCAAGUCAAGCCCACGGACACUGUCUUUGUCCGCAAAGGGAGCGAUGUGAGCUUAUACAAGGGUCCAAGGCCAGGCGAUGGCGCAAAAAUCAGCAACCCAAACGAAACUGUCUGGGUUUUCCCCGAGCACGAAAGCCUUAUCGAUCGCAAUGCCGACCUCAUCAACGUCACACAUCGACCGCUCCCACCUACGAUAUACAGCCAAACGUCCAUGUGCUAUCUCGUCAAGUGUCACGACCGCCGUGGAAAGUUCAACCCAGCAAGGGCAAAGGAGCUUGGUGUCGUUGUUUCUGACUUUAAGUAUCUGACCCAGGGCCAGAGUGUCACUGGGAAGGACGGCAUUACGGUGACCCCUGACAUGGUCUUGGGCGAGAUGCAACUCGGAAACGGCUUCAUCGUUGCUGAUAUAGAAUCCCGCGACUUUCUGGACUCCUUCUUUGAACGACCAGAGUGGUCCAACACUGAGCUGAUGGCCAACGUCGUUACUCUCUACUGGAUUUUGGGCACUGGCUUGGCCAAUGAUGCCAGGAUUCACCAGUUCAUUCAAGAGCACCCUAAUUUGAAGCACGUCUUUUGUGCGCAGGAUACAUGUCCCAACAUGAUUGCCCUAGCCGGACCUAGCGAGCUUCAGACCAAGCUACGGCGGAUCGACCCUGAGAGAUUCAGUCUGCUCAAAUACGACAACACAGUCAAGGGGGACAUACCUCCUGGACUUAAAGUCGAACACGGCCGCAUUGGCAGCAAGAUGUCGCUCAUGCCUCGCCUUCGCUUCGAUACUGGAACAGUCGCCCCUUUUCCUAACCUCGCCGAGGCAGCGCAGUCUGUUAGUGACGAGAUUAUGGACCUGGCACGCAAGGCGCAGGAAGAAACCUCUGACCCCGAGUUUCUAAAACGAAUCGAGGAAGAGGAGAAGGACAUUCCCAACCGUGAUGCCGAGAUCAUCCCUCUCGGUACUGGUUCUUCGAUCCCUGGAAAGUACCGCAACGUCUCUGCAACCCUUAUUCGCGUUCCUGGUAUCGGAAACUACCUUCUCGACUGUGGUGAAGGUACUCUUGGCCAGAUCCGCCGGUUUUUUGGAGACGAAGAGACGGGGAACAUUCUGCGAGACAUGAAGUGUAUCGUCGUCAGCCACCUCCACGCCGACCAUCAUCUGGGAGUCCCCAGUUUCGUCAAAGCCUGGUAUGAGCACACUUUGCAAGACAGCAACGCAAAGCUGGCCAUCUCCUGUAUAUCAAGAUAUCGCAACCUCCUCGAGGAAGUCUCCCAAGUCGAAGACAUUGGCUUCCACCGCCUUCACUUCCCUAGCUGUUCCCAGUCGGAUAAAUUCAACACGGGACGCCGAGAAGUCAAGGACGACAGUUUCGGUCUUCGUUCCAUCACCCGUGUCGCGGUGCCUCACUGCUGGCUGUCCUUUGCUACAGAGAUUGAGCUCACAUCUGGUCUUCGCAUCGCCUACUCGGGCGACUGCCGUCCGUCAGAUGACUUUGCACGAGAGUGCGAAGGAGCUCACCUACUCGUCCAUGAGUGUACCUUUGAUGACGACAUGCUAUCUCACGCUAAGAAGAAGAAGCAUUCGACCAUGGGAGAGGCACUCAGCGUCGCUCACAAGAUGAAGGCCCGACGGACACUACUCACACAUUUCUCGCAGCGCUACGUCAAGUCUGACUCUCUCAAGAGGGAAGACGCGGGUGAAGCUGGCGAGGUGCUCAUGGCGUUUGACCACAUGCGUGUGAGGUUGGGAGAUUUCAAAAAGGCUGCAGCGUUUCAGCCGGCGAUUGCUCAGAUGUUGGCAGACGCUGGUGAUAAAUAA